CUCGGUCCUGUCAAGGCUGGGAAGGGAAUGUCUCUACGCUGCGGAGACGCCGCCCGCACCCUGGGGCCCCGGGUUUUUGGAAGAUGUUUAUACAGCCCUGUCAGAGCAUUAAGUUCCCUGCCAGAUAAAAAGAAGGCAUUUCUGCAGAACGGACCAGACCUUCAAGAUUUCCUAUCUGGCGAUCUCGCAGAUAAGAGCACCUGGGAUGAAUAUAAAGGGAACUUGAAACGCCAGAAAGGAGAGCGGUUGAGACUGCCUCCGUGGCUGAAGACAGAGAUCCCCAUGGGGAAAAACUACAACAAACUAAAAAAUACACUGCGAAACUUAAACCUGCAUACUGUGUGUGAGGAGGCCCGGUGUCCCAACAUCGGAGAGUGCUGGGGAGGGGGCGAGUAUGCCACAGCCACAGCCACAAUCAUGCUAAUGGGUGACACAUGUACCAGAGGUUGCAGGUUUUGUUCUGUCAAGACUGCCAGAAAUCCCCCUCCGCUGGAUGCCAGCGAGCCCUACAACACUGCCAAGGCCAUCGCAGAGUGGGGCCUCGAUUACGUCGUUCUGACCUCAGUGGACCGAGAUGAUAUGCCUGACGGCGGGGCUGAACACAUUGCCAAGACUGUGUCCUACAUUAAAGAAAGGAAUCCCAAGAUCCUCGUGGAAUGUCUCACCCCUGAUUUCCGCGGAGAUCUGAAAGCGAUAGAGAAAGUUGCUCUGUCAGGAUUGGACGUGUAUGCACAUAACGUAGAAACAGUUCCGGAAUUACAGAGGAAAGUUCGAGAUCCGAGGGCGAAUUUCGACCAGUCCCUACGUGUCCUGAAACAUGCCAAGGAGGUUCAGCCUGAUGUUAUUUCUAAAACAUCUAUAAUGUUGGGUUUAGGCGAGAGUGAUGAGCAAGUGUAUGCGACCAUGAAAGCGCUCCGUGAAGCAGAUGUGGACUGUUUAACUUUAGGGCAAUAUAUGCAGCCAACAAAGCGUCACCUUAAGGUUGAAGAAUAUGUUACUCCUGAAAAGUUCAAAUACUGGGAAAAAGUAGGAAAUGAACUUGGGUUUCAUUACACUGCAAGUGGCCCCUUGGUGCGUUCUUCAUACAAAGCAGGUGAAUUUUUCCUGAAAAAUUUAGUGGCUAAAAGGAAACAAAACCCUUCUAAACUGUAAAGAAGACUUUCAGGAUCACAAAAAUUAAAAAAAAAAAAAAUUGCUUCCAGUUGGUACCAGUUAUGGAGCCAGAAUGCCUAGCCUUCAGUGGAUGGACUUCAGUUUUUUGUUUUACAAAAAAUAUCAGUAAGCCGUAUUUAUUUCGUUAUAGUAAUUCAUUUGACUUUUUAGCCUAUCUUUGUCCUAAUAAGCUCUCACUUGCUGUGAUUUAAUUAUAAAGCAUUUUAAGAAUUUUGCUAUUAGGUUAAUGUGGAAAUACAUGAAAAACUUCCUGAAGGA